AUGAGUCAGGAGUAUUUCCCCGGCGAGGGAUCUUCACGGUCCGCCUCGUCUCGUUUUUCUGGUGAAGAAGAAGAACGGAAUCCUUUCUUUGCCCAACCCCCACCGGCCUACAUGACUGUCGGUAAUGGGUCGACGUCGGACAACGCAACCGCGCUUAUGACUUCGUUAGCCAACGAUUCGGGCUAUGGAGGUAGUAUCGCAGAUGGUGGUGCUACAAAUGAGGGCUCGAGUGCCGCUUGGCGUGCUGGUCUGCUGGAAGACCGACCAACUCCGGCGCAUACUCCAACGCGCCCGGGCGAGUACAACCCCGCUGCUGAACAUGAGAAACAAAUCGUCGCGAACCAUGUCCAUCAACUUCUGUACAACUCAAACCGGACCAAGCUUGGUCGUGCGAUUUCCCGGACUAUUGAAACAUUGAAGGAACUCCAGGAUAUGAAUCGCCAGUGGCCCGCCCAUUAUCCCUCCGUACAAAAUGCGCAAAGCACCCCUCCGUCGCCUUCAGAGCGUCCACACUUGCACACGGCACAAUCCGACUUUGGUAUGGAUGAUGCUCGACCGACAUCUCCCCCUCGACCUGAAUUAAAGCGCGCCACAACUACGACGAAUGGAGAGGAUCUUGGUGAAUCAAGCACCGCUGCUGAGCGCCGUCCAGCGCCUGAGCCAAGACUGAUGACCCCGCAAAUCGCCCAAGAGUUCUCGAUCCUCAAGCUUGAUCUCAAAUUGGGGGCUUUAUCACAGGCGGAACUAGUGCAUUCGUUAGAGAAGGCCUCGAUAGCCUCGUUGCUCGAUGGAAGAAUCAGUCAGAGUGUAAAGCAUCUUCUUUCGUUACGAGAUCGAAUUGAAGAUACGGCAAGUAAGGUGUUGAUCACCGGUGAUCUAAAUGCCGGAAAGUCGACAUUUUGCAACGCCCUGCUCAGACGAAAGGUUCUGCCGGAGGAUCAACAGCCUUGCACGAGCAUUUUCUGUGAGGUCCUUGAUGCUCGUGAGAACAGUGGAAUCGAGGAGGUUCAUGCAGUGCACAAAGAUAUCCCGUACAACCGCAAUGAUGAAAGUACCUAUGAUGUUUACCCCAUGAGCAAGCUCGAGGAUCUUGUCGUCGACAACUUGAAAUACAUGCAGUGCAAGGUUUAUGUCAAGGACGUGCGGUCGAUUGAUGAGUCCUUACUCAACAACGGUGUUGUUGAUAUUGCUUUGAUUGACGCACCCGGCUUGAAUUCAGAUUCUUUGAAGACAACUGCUGUAUUUGCACGUCAGGAAGAAAUUGAUGUUGUUGUUUUUGUGGUUUCCGCCGCCAAUCACUUCACCCUCUCCGCAAAGGAAUUCAUUCUCAAUGCCGCCCAUGAGAAAGCCUACAUCUUCAUGGUGGUGAACGGAUUUGACCAAAUUCGCGACAAGCAACGUUGUGAACGCAUGAUUCUGGAUCAAGUAGGCAAGCUCAGCCCUCGCACAUACAAAGAGGCCGCAGAGCUAGUACACUUUGUUUCAAGCAAUGCUAUCCCUGUUGCUCCUCCAGGGUCUUUAUCACAGUCUGGUUCUGGCGGAGGAGGUGAUGGCUCGGACCCUCAUGAUGAUGACGAUGAUGACAAGGCCGGCAAGGGUAAGGGCAAGGAAAAGGAACAGGAGAAGAUUCAGGAUUUCGAAAACUUGGAAGGAGCUUUGCGACGCUUUGUUCUUGAGAAACGAUCUCGCUCCAAGCUUGCCCCCGCUCGAACUUACCUUCUGAAUCUCCUUGCCGACCUCAACUCGCUUGCUACCGUCAACCGUGACGUUGCCCAGUCUGAACUCACUCGGGUUACAAAUGAACUAGCCGAGCUUGAACCCGCAUACGAGAAUGGCAAAAGGCAGAAGGGUGAGCUAACAGAAGGUGUGGAUAGAGCUAUUGACGAAUCAUGUGAUGAUGUCUAUAAUCACACACGCUCCAGCCUCUCUGAUACAAUCUCUCGGGUGUCUGAAGCAGAUUUAGGCGUGGAGUAUCCUGGUCUCUUUGGCGCAUUCCAAUACGCCGAAGACCUCAAACUCGCAAUGCUUGAUCAAAUCUCCUCUGCUGUUACAGACUGUGAAGACUACGCUAGGGAGACGACCGUCAAGGGAGUUGGUUUCAUUCAAAAUAUCGGUCUGCUGCAUGUCGGUGAAGACAAGUUCAGUCCACUCAACUUCCGUGGAGACUUGAUGUUCCGACGAGGUCGCCGUCAUGCCUUAGGCCGGCAGGUACAUACUGAAGUCGAGCUAUGGGACUUCUUUGAUGUGGCUGGCCUAUGGGAGCGCCAGGAGAAGGUAGCGGGCACAGGUAUGGCAAUGACUGCAGUCACCGUGCUAGGAGGCAGAGUCUUCGGUGGUUUCAGUUGGGUCGACAGUGCAUUGAGCACGGUCAAGGUUCUUGGUCCGAACAACGUCCGCCGGCUAUUCCUUCCCAGCGUUCUUACAGCUGCCGUUUUGACUGCCGCUUAUGUCCUGUCUUCUAUCCCGACAACCUUGCCUCCGCGGAUCUCUAAAAAGAUUUCAGCGGCACUUGCAGAGAUGGAUUAUGUUCAUUCAAACUCAACCCGUAUCUCAGCCGAAGUCCGGCGUAUCCUCCGUUUACCUGCCAAAAAUCUGCAGACAUGCCUCUCUCAAGACAUCGAAGACCUUGGUCGUCGCAAGCAGGAAGUCGCCAAGGUCAAGCAGGAGAGCGAGGUUGCUACCAAGUACUUCUCGAACUUGUUCCGUGAUAGCACUGAGAACCGCCGCUCUGUCGAGGAUCUCGAUUUAGAUGGCCCACUCCCUGGUGGCAUGGGUGCCUUCAACCUUUAA